UCCUGAGCUGGUCCUGCACAGAAGCAGAAGGGAAGGGCAGAGAUGAGGCUGUGCCUACUGGGCUGCUUGGUGACUGCCCUGACUUUGGGGGGGUCUGGCACCCCCCUGGGAAUGGCUUCAACACGGGAGGAGCCGGAGGAACAGGUCAAGAUCAAGAGACUCAAGCGUGACUGGACUCACCUUUCCAGCAAUAUGCCAUUCCACAUGCUGCUCAACGAAGAUAUACAAGCCAUCCAGGUGAUCAACGGAGGUGUACGAACCACAGAGCAGGAAAAUUGGAUUAUCUUAAAAGAAUUCCCCAGCUGUUGCAAUGGCAGCAUGGAUGGGCCCAGGAGCGGAAGGGAAGGAGGAGAAGCCAGCAGGAAUUCUUCUACGCAGGAUAUAUACGUGGUAUUCGGGACGUUCAUGGAUCCUGCAGAGGAGGAAACAUUGAGAAGGAGUCAUUGUGAAGGCUGCUGUGGAAAAAGAGUGACUUUGAUACCGGAAUCCUGGAGAAGCCUGAAGGAGGGUGGGGAUGUUUCGGGUACCAGCACCACUGACAUGGACAAGACCGGGGAAAUGAAGGUCAACACCCUGGGUGAUAACAUCAACGUGACUUUUGCUUUUAGCGGUCCCUCCACCCGAGUCUGGAAGAAAGAAAGUGAGCUCUGUGCUAGCUGCUGCCCCAUCCCGAGGACCAACCAAACAGAAGUCCCUGCAAGUGGAGAGGAAGAAAGAGUGGGAGGAAGCUCUCCUGGACAGGACAGUGUCCAACAAGGGCCACAGAAUCCCUGGACCAAUCUGGGCCAUUUGAUCCGCCGGAUUCAGGUUCAUUAUCCGAACGGAAGCUACCAGCUAUAUGAAACAUACAAGUUGCAAAUGCCUUUAGAGACCUGUCUCCCAUGUCCAACUGGAUGGUGACAGAAAUCCUCAGUGAUGACUAGGAUCCUGGAGAACACUCCUGGGGUAACCCAGAGGGGACCCCCCAGGCCAAUACACCCCCAGGAGAAGAAAACACAGAAGAACCCAGGGAGACUCUUACCGAUCAAGGCCACCCAUGGACCAAUUAAGUUCAACUGAUGCCAACCCAACCCUGCCUGGUGAAAUCCAGAAAAACCAAUCUGCUCUCUCUCUGGUAGCACCAAGCUUAGGCGGCUACUCUUCCUGCUUCCAAUCACUCUUUCCUUCCUCCCCCAUGCUCUGUCUCUUUUUUGUAUCUUUACACAGAUCUGGCCUGCAGCCCAGCUGCAUCCCCUCCCCGGCGAGGCCACUACUCUCUGCAACGGUCACCAAGAAGCCUCAGGACCCGGCAGGGAAGGGUUAACCCCACAGGGAAUGAUGGGGAAAUCUGGGAAUAAAGGUGUUGGAGAUUUGA